UUUACUGCAGUCUACUCAAAAGAAUACAAAACACAAAAUAUUCAUGAAAUGAUUUUGAAUAUUGGUCUUUUCCUUCUAAUGUUGGUAAAAGAUGGCGAUCUAAUUAUCCCAGAAAAAGAUGGAGUCAGGUAUUGCAACGGAAUCGUUGAAUUAGUAGAUAGGACGGAUGAGAGUGAAAAUUCCUGCAGAUGGAGUAUGGUUACUCAGGAUACUGGAGAAUAUUUCUCCAUGAAACCCUGCUCCGGGGGUAUGCUUUGUCAGGAGGAGUGCGUCCCGUUUUCCGACUGGUGUUCACCUGGGACGGAGAGAAGAUGGAAGUGUGGUGCUCUGCUCCAGAGUUAUUCAAUAUGCAGGAACCAAAGUAUUUGGAAUGAAUAUGAGUGUGGCGGAGAACUAGAAAGGUGUCCUGGUUGGUGGCCUGGACAGUGUUCCGAACCUUCCCAGUGCUCAGAUCAGUAUCCGGAGUUAAAUGAGAGAAACCAGAGCGAGUUUUGUCUCUCAUCCUGGGCUUCAACCCUGACAAGGGUGGACAACCUGUCCUUCAUUUGCCCGGACAAGUUUGGAACAGAUAUUCCUGUUUGCGCAAAUAGGUGUGACAGAAUCAAGGAUGGGUGUCUGGGAGACCAGGAUGAGAUGGGUUGUGCUCCAGGCGGACACACGGUUUUGUUGGUUCUCCUGGUCGCUCUUGGAGUAGUGGUUACAAUCCUCUUAGCUGAGAUUAUUGUGCGAGUUUUUCUACCUGAGAUUUGUAAAUCAGGUUCUGAGAUGAUUGAUGUCCAGCUGCUGGAGAUGAAGGACGAGAUGAGUAGAAACUUGACCAGGAUUGCGGAGCUUCUAUUUGAUUCUGAGAACUGGGAAGUUCAUGAACUAGACGAGAGAAAUAUUUUCAGUCCUGUCUGGCCUGACGGAGAUUUUUUAAUAUCAAGAAUGGCUGAGUUGAGAGAAUUGUAUUCCAAGGUUAGAGUGAAUCAGAACGCAUUCUCCGUAAUGAUUGCGUAUAUUCAGGGGCAUUGUGAUUUCCAGUACAGACACUACUGUCUCACCCUCAUCUAUAACGUUCUUGAGAAAGAGUACAUUUUCUCUGAAGGGUUCACGGAGAACGUAGAUAUUAGUAUUAAAUAUCUUCUCAGUAGCAGAGAUUCAACCCUGUUCUACGGAGCCGUGUUCCCAUACUUUGAUCCGCUCAGAUUUCUUAGAAAAAUAUUUCCCUCCGGUGGAUUAACUCUGCGUUUCUUAUAUCUUGUGCAUUUUGUUACAACACGGACACCGGAGCUAGUAAAAUACCUUCUAAUUGUCACAAUCAGUAUAGUUUCGUUCUACAUUGAUUUUGUCAAAGAUAUCAUCAUUGCCUCUGAAGUCAGUUUCCUCUAUCAGGACAGUUUCUGGGAUUUCAAGAGCUUUAUUGUUGUUGUUCUCUGGGUUACAGUUUUCCUCAGUCAGUGCAUCGUAGGGUUAAAGAUCAUUGUUCUAGGACCUGCCAGAAUAUUUGCAGUAAACCCAUCCUCAGUAUCAAGAACGAAGAAGAUGAUUCUAACCUUGUUCUUGUGUAUAAUUUGUCCUGUUGCUCCAGCUCUGCUGCUGUUCCUCAAUGCUCGUCUAGGAAGAGAGGUUCGUGUUCACGAGAAAAUAUUUUCUAAAACCUGCAAGAGCACUUUGUCUGUUGAAACAACAAAACUUCUAUUUCAUCAUCAUGCUCAGAGAGGAUUGGUCCUGAAAAAGAUCCAACGUUUAGAGAAUAUAUUGGUGAGCAGUUACAAGCUGGAUAUUGCUUUGGAGAAUACACCUCAGGUUCUGGUUCAGGUUCUCAUAGUUCUACUUGCUACCUCACACUGGAGGUUUCAAUGGUUGACAGGAAUUGAAGCAGUGUUUGAUACUCAUGAUUCUUCAAGCUCGCUGAGUACAGUCUUCUUCUACUUCUCCAUAAUCUGGUCUCUGAUAACUAUUCAAAACUCACUGUUCUCAACCUUUCUCUUCAGUAAGGAUUACAGUGUGGGAGAUCUAGGGAAGGUUUUGGUUUAUUUUAAUAUUCUCCUUGGAGCCUCAGUUAGAAUAUUUUCAAUUAUCCUUGCAUUCGCUCCUUUUCUAGGACUUUUUGAUCUAAUGCUUGGUCAUCAUCUGGACUCCAGGUUCAAGUUUAGUAGCGCAGUCUGGGAUUUAUAUGGAGAAACUUUGGAGUUGUCCAGAACCUACUCCUGGUAUACAGGGUUCCAGUUCAAAACCUUUCUUCUGAUGAUCACAGUCUCUCCUAUUCUUCAUGUUCUCCUGGUCAACAUCUACUAUUUAACAACAGUUCUCGAACGAAAGAAAGAAAGUUUUAGAUUUUAUCUUAACCUGACAAUGCAUAGUUUUACAACUCUUCUCAUUCCUAAUAUCAGAAGAGAUUGGGACGAAAUCCCUAAAAGAGAAUGCCAGGGUGAAACUGAUGAUAUAUUCAUGAUCAACUGGAGAAGAAUCAGACAUGAAUAUAUUGUCAUGGUUGUUAUCCAUUUACUGGAGAACCUUAUCCUCCUUAUCCCCGUGUAUAUUACUAGUGUUAGAAACGUUCAGAGAACUUUAUCCAUUCCAUUACUUCAAGAGGAAUUAAAGGUUUAUCAUUUCUCGAUCUUCCUUCUCAUUUCUCCAGUUUUAUUUCUUAUCCUGGCAUGUCUUCAGAUAAAACUAUUUAUUCUCUAUAAUGAAAAAGCUCAUCCAUGGUCUAUCAUAUUUAAGAAAAAAUAAUUCUUAAAUACACCUUCCAUUUCACCACACAUUAUAAACUUUUAUGUAACAGCUGAGAUCCCACAGACUACAGAAAAUAAUGUAUUGGACUGUACCUAAACUUUCUUAAAUAUUCCUCAGAUCUUUAGUCUUCUUGGGUGAGCUGGAGAUUUAAUCAUAUUCUUAGAAUUCAACUUGCAGAUAUCAAGGUUGACAUAGAGAAAGAUAGAUAGACCCCAGUCCGCAAUUAUUCGAGGCUGUCUUCACCAGUCUUUACACAGCGCUGCACCCAAACCUUGUGUGGAGUAUACGUCAGAUCUCAGUUCUCAAGAGAAACUUACACCCGAUCUAAUUCCAGUCAACUGAACCAAAACAUUUAGAAAAUAUCAUAGAAAGUUUAGGCUACAAGAUGAAUACAUACAACAUGUACAGAGGAAAAUAAUGGAUUAAUAAUAAAUAAAAUGCAGCUUCAAGUUAAAUCAUGAAA